CUCUCUCUCUCUCUCUCUCUCUCGUCCUCAAAACUUGAUUUUGUUUUUCUGUGUAUCUGCAAUCACAAUGAGUAUGUAUUACGGUGAUCUCACGGAGACGUGGUCGAGCUUCUCUCUUUUGGUAGAUAACGCGGUUCUUUUGUACGAACAAGAACACAAGCAAACAUCGGAGAAGAAGAAGACGGUAUCUUGGAAAGAAGAAGACGAACAGAGAAUGAAGAGAAUCUUCGAUCACUUCCCAAGAAGACCAAGAAGAUCAUGGUUAAAGAAACCUCUUCAAAACCUCAACGGUGCUUCUACUUCCUCUUCUUCAUCCUCACUCGUCAGUCGCAACAUGGUUGAGACAGAUGAAACGGAGACAACAAACCCACAAAACCCUAGAUCCCGAUCGUCUUCGUCUUCGUGCUUAACAGAGAACACAAGCCGCAAGAGACGUGGCGUGCAAGAAGGUAAGCGUAGUUUCAAGAAAGCAAAGGUGUCACCUUUAUUCUCAUGGGAGGGGAAAGAUACGCCGGAUUGGAUGGUGCAGCUGAUGAGGAGCAUGAAAGGAGGAGCGCAAGACGCAAAGCUAAUCUUUGAGAAGACUCUGUUUGAAACAGAUGUCAAACCAAGCCAGAGCCGUCUCUCGAUCCCUUUCAACAAACUGAUCCGAGACGACUUCUUGACAGCCGUUGAGUCAAGAAUCAUCGAGGAAGACAUCAAUAACAAAGAAAAGAUGGGUUUGGGAGCGCUUCUUGUUGAUCAAGGCAUUAAAAAGUGGGGUGUGUUUCUCAAGAGAUGGGAGAUGAACGGUUCUUGGAACUACGCAUUGGUUUGUGGGUGGAACGAUGUUGUGAAGGCCAAUGGAUUGAAAGAUGGAGACAACAUUAGUCUUUGGUCUUUUAGGUGCCAAGGAGUCCUCUGUUUUGCCCUUGUUCCCCUUCCCGUGUGACAGAGCAGCUCUCCUUUUUCUCUGUGAUAACUUUUCUUUACUUGAUGCGAUUAUGUAGGUGUGUGUCUAGUAGUGCCUUCUCAGAAUUGUAAUUAUCAAGAUUAGGGUUUUAGUGCAGUUGUGUUUGAUCUUACAACACCUUGUUGGGUUUAUCUCAAGUAAUUUUUAGUUGUUUCUGAUUCUGUAAUAUGAAUGUUUUGACAUGAAUACGUUUUGUCUUUAAAAGUUUCA